AUGAAACGGAGUCCCAGGAGGCCCCUAAUCCUCAAGAGGAGGAAGCUGCCCUUUCUGAAACACGAGUCGGAGACCCCUCGUGAUGAACCUGACGGGCUGCAGCGCAGCGAGCCACCAGCGCCCUCCAGUGGAGUGCAUGUCCCAGAUGGCGUUCGCAUCGUGGACCACCCCUCCCUGCCCAACACCCAAGUGGUGGUCAUCCCCAAAGCCGCAGACCUCCAGAGUGUAAUUGAUGCUCUCUCUGCCAAAGGGAAGGAAUGUGGCCCCCAGGGGCCCAACAAGUUCAUCUUGCUGAGUGGAGGGAGCGGCAGUGUGGAGGACUGGCCAGCCUCUCUGGGCCUCCCUGCUUUGGAAGAGGACAGUGGUACUUCGAACAAGCAGGUGGACUGCAGCUCGCUGGAUGACAGUUUGACCAACAUCCAAUGGCUGGGCGGUUUGUGCACAGAUGGUUUGAGAUCAGAUCCCUUUAGAAAAGCCUCCAAUAAGGAGAACCGGGAGUCCUGCCCCCAACGUAUUCAGCACCCCCAAAAUUCUGGUGUGGCGCAGAGACCCCCAUACUCCUACAUGGCCAUGAUUCAGUUUGCCAUCAACAGCAAGGCAAGUAGGAGGAUGACCCUGAAGGAGAUCUACACCUGGAUCGAGAACCACUUCCCUUACUUCAAAAAUGUGGCCAAGCCAGGCUGGAAGAACUCUAUCCGCCACAACCUCUCCCUGCAUGACAUGUUCAUCCGAGAGACCUCCCAGGAUGGCAAGAUCUCCUACUGGACCAUCCGUCCAGAGGCUAACCGCUGCCUGACCCUGGAUCAGGUCUACAAGCAGCAGAAGCCAGCUGUCCCAGAGAUGAAGAAAGUAACAGUUGCAAGCAGCUUAGUGGAACUGUUGAAGGAGGAGCCAUUUUCUGUCCCCUUGACCUGUGAGGCCCCUAUGGCCCCACCCCCACAUCCGAGGAGAAGAGAACUCAGUGGCUCUCGCCGCAAGCAGUGCCUGGCCCCGCCCUCCAGGGAGGAGCCUGUUCUCCUGUUCCCUGACAGCACCUUCUUUGACUCAGGCCUGACCUCUGACCUCUCCACCUCCCAGGACACGCGGGACGCUGAGCCCGACAGCCCUGGCAGGGUGUACGCGUUUAAGACGCCCAUCAAAUGCAGCCGACCCGCCUCCUCCACUCCCAGCAAGCCCGUCACGGGGCAGCCCCCUCCCACACUGCCUGAGCCGUGGGUGGCGAGCCCUCAGGGCGAGGAGGGCCGUGAUGUGCUGGAGUUCAGCCCCAUUCGCACACCUUGCGGAGUUGCUCUCACACCCCAGCACCAUGGCCACACCCCCUUCAGCCUCAGUGACACGCCCCUCUUCAGCUCCCCUCGUGAGCUCCUCACCUCCCACUCCACCCACUGUGAGGGGCUUGUGCUGGACACCAUGAACGACAGUCUGAGCAAAAUCUUGGUGGACAUCAGCUUCUCCGGGCUGGAGGACGAGGAGCUGGACAUGUGCAACAUCAGCUGGUCACAGCUCAUCACUGAACUGAAGUGA